CCCUACUAUUUCCGUACAGAGUGGAGUGGAGAUUCAACCUUUAUUUCUAUCAGAUGGUGCUCGUGUAUUUUUGUGAGAAAACAACCUUUCCAAUAAAAAUUAGAAAUGGCGGACGAGGAUGUGAAUGGUGAUUCGGAUGAGGUUCAACAAGAAAAGUCGCAGAAAAAAGCAGCAAAAUACGAUAGCGGUGCAGCAGAUUUGGAACGAGUAACAGACUAUGCUGAGGAAAAGGAAAUUUCGUCGUCUGAUGGUUUUUCUUGCGCCUUGAGUAUAAUUGGUGACCGCCGCAAUAAGGAAGCUGCAGAAAAGAAGGCAAAGGAAAAAGAACUGCUCAAGGUCUCCAUUAAAAAGGAAGAUGUUGACCUCAUAAUGAAGGAAAUGGAAAUCAGUAGAAGCUUGGCGGAGCAUACUCUCAGGGAACACAGUGGGGAUGUUGUGGAAGCUCUUAUCACGUUAACCAACUAAUUUUUCUUUGUUAAUCAAUUCCAUGUCACAAUUCCGAAAACCAUUGUAAAUUUUACAAAUCAUUCGAGUCACGACAGGAGUUUGGAUUAUGGAUAUCUAUUGAUAUAAAUUAUAAAAUAAACAACACAAAAACACCA